AUGUUGGGGAGGACGCUACGGGUCGGCGCGCAUCUGUCCCCUUCUUACCGCUCGACAGCCCUCAGAAAGCUUAGUCGAUCUUCACCCAUUGCUAAUGCCUUCUUCCAACAACCGGUCUCACGCGAUGCAAGGCACAACUCUACGUCAGCAUACCAAGGGAUUGGAGGGAGCCCAGGUCGUCCAACAGGUGGAGGCGGAGUAGAUCCAGUUGAGGUAUCACAUUUCGACGCCCUUGCGUCAAGCUGGUGGGAUGCACAGGGGCCGUCUCGACUCCUCCAUCUAAUGAACCCGAUGAGAAUCGACUUCGCAAAACAUUGCUUGUCAAUGGGCAUUCCUGUCGAAGCGACUACAGAUGCAGGGGAAGGGGGAGGGGAAGGUUCGUCUAGAGGUCUGACCGUUCUUGAUGUCGGCUGCGGUGGUGGUAUUUUUUCAGAAUCUGUCGCAAGACUACCAAACACCGCCAAAGUCAUCGGACUUGAUCCAUCCGAGCAGGUUUUGGGAGUUGCUCGAGCGCACGCCAAGAAGGACCCAACGUUAUCCGAGAAAUUACAAUACAUUAAUUCGUCAAUAGACGACUAUACACCUGACCAUCAGUUCGAUCUAAUUACCCUAUUCGAAGUGGUGGAGCAUGUGCCAUACCCCGCCGCAUUUCUACAGACAUGUAUGCGGCAUGUGAGGCCAGGUGGGUGGAUCGUGCUCAGCACUAUUGCAAGGACUUGGAGCAGCUGGAUGACCACCAAGCUUAUUGCGGAAGAUCUCUUGCAUAUCGUCCCCAGAGGGACACACGAUUGGUACAAAUACAUCAAUGAGCCAGAGAUGAGAUCGUUUUUUGAGAAGCAACAUGGUUGGGGGUCACAAGGAAUGCUCAGCAUGGGAUGUCUGUACGUCCCCGGAUUUGGAUGGAAGGCAAUAAAGGGCAGCGAAGACUACGGAAACUAUUUCUUCGGUGUACGCCGAGACCUUUAG